AUGCCCAGCGCAGAUCAUGGACAUGCAAUCGCCUCACGGGGAGUCAGCGACGACGUGAUAUAUGGGCGUAAUUCAGAAGCAGGCUCUACAUCAAUUGAAAGGUAUCAAACUAGACUUUCUCGAAUGGUCUCUGAAACUGAUCACGACGAUGCGAAAAGACGAUAUGAUCUUGAGGCGAGAGAUAAUCAUGUAUCUCUUCCGGAUUCCUCUGCAUCCAGCGUGUUGGGUACGCCGAAAACCGUAAUACAUUGGGAGGAGGGCGAUCCAGAAAAUCCAUAUAAUUGGUCCUCCAGGUGGAAAUGUUACAUUGUUCUCAUUGGAAUGCUUGUGGUGAUCAACAGUACCAUGGGUUCUUCUCUGCCUUCGAACGCGAUGCCAUUCAUCGCUCCGCAUUUCCACAUAACAUCAGAAUCCGCGGAAAUUCUACCAAUAUCGAUGUAUCUCCUUGGAUAUGUGCUUGGACCUUUAGUAUUUUGUCCACUAUCGGAACAAUUUGGACGAAGAACGAUCAUGCUGGCAACCUUUUUCUGCUAUACCGCCUUUACAUUAGGUUGUGCCUUAACACCAACGUGGGGUGGACUCUUAGCAUUUCGAAUCCUGGCAGGUAUCAACGCAAGUAGUCCUAUAUCCGUCAGUGGAGGUAUCUAUGCAGAUAUAUACAAGGAUCCAGUAACAAGAGGAAGAGCAAUGGCGGUCUUCACUGCAGGCACUUGUGUAGGUCCUCUAGUGGCUCCAAUAAUUUCGGGCUUUAUAUCUCCCGUUCUUGGCUGGCGUUGGUCUUUCUGGAUUGGCUUGAUUGUUGCUGGUGCAUCUUGGGCCCCUCUUAUAUUUCUUCCAGAAACCUACGGUCCAGUUCUACUUCUCAAACGCGCAAAACAUUUGCGAAAAGAAACAGGCGAUUCCGAAAUAAUCGCGCCGAUCGAAUUGGAAAAGCAAGAUUUAAAACAAAUGAUGACUGUGACACUUACUCGACCUAUCCGCAUGUUCUUCUUCGAGCUCAUCGUCUUGGCCGCUUGCACCUACCUCGCCUUCGCAUAUGGGAUAUUCUAUAUGUACUUUGAAGCUUAUCCGAUUAUAUUCGAAGGAAUAUAUGGUCAAUCGCCUGGCGUGUCUGGACUUAUGUUCCUCCCCAUUGGUGGUGGUGCAAUUCUAGCUAUCAUCGUAUUUCUCUGGUGGGAUACGUUUUUACGCAAAGCUCAAGCAUCUAAGAAAGCUUGGGCGCAAAAAGAAGAAUCUCGGCGGCUACCACUUGCUAUUUUGGGGGGCCACUCUACGUUAUUUCGCUUUUCUGGUUAG